UCAUCAAGGACGCACCACCACUCAUAGGCCACUGUCUGCACUUGACCAUUGCUCCAUAAGCAUAAUAUUCCAGUGUCUGUGAGUGCACCUCCCCAAGUCCGGCCGGUCACGGCUGCCUUGCGGCCUUGUCGGGUGACUUGGGUUUGUCUUGGGCCUUGCUGCGCGACUCCCAUCUGCUCCAGUUAUAAAGGACGCGGUCGCGGGGCUUGCGCAGGAAGGCCUCAAGCACCGACCAGAAACGCUCCUGGAACAGCCAUUCACCAACACAUCCAUCCAUCCAUCCAUCCAUCAAGGCAGCCACAGAUGCCGUGCUGUGGCUGGGAUUUCUUGCUGCUCCUGCCUACUUCGCUGCCUCACCUUGACAAACAUGGUCUCGUGCUUGCUGGUCGCGCGAAGAUUCAGCACCUGUUUGGUAUGAGAGGAGUCAGGUGCUUCAGGCCACCAUUGUCCUGCUGUUGUGUUGUGUGCACGUCGGUUACCUCGACGUUCCACUGAGAUAUCGGCGGUGGGAGCUUCUCAGACUCGUGCUUCAUGUAGAACCCCCUGCACACGUGCAGACACGCCCAAGCAACGAAUCGGUACGUGCAUCUACUUGUGCGUCCGUCGGUCACCCACCCCCCCCACCCUCAUACCUGUAAAGGGUGAAGACGUGUGCUGCAUCUGAGGCCUUGACGGGGUAGGGAAUGAACUGCCAUGUCUUGGGCCCCACGAACACGGCCGUGACGUACCGCCACUCCAGUGGCGUGAGGUUGUUGAGGUUCUGGCUGUUGGGCAGCACGUAAAAGAACAACUCCUGGCCGUCAAACGUCCGACGGAUCGUCCACGUCAGCCGCUCACGAGCCUCUUUAUCCGUGAGGUCGUACCACUUGGCCGCCUCUGCACCCACACCCACACCACACACAAACCACACACAAACCAGUCACUCGGUGGAGGGAAAGACUCGCAGCUCGCUUCUCGUGGCUCACUGUUGACGUCUUGCGGGUCGAUGCGUUCCGCCAUGGUGCGCACGACUUCCUCGGCCUUGUCCUCGGGCAUGUAGACGCCAUCCUUGAGCAGCACAAGCAGCGUCGCCCGAGCCAUCAGAGGCUGCUGGUUCUUCAACCCAGUGGGCGGCGUGACGAUCAGCGGCUGCUUCUUGUCGCGAGCCGCCCGACGCACCAGCUCCUGCAGCAGCGUCUCCUGAACCGCCAGGGAUGACGCUGGCUGGGGGGCACUGCCAGACGACACAUCGUUGGCCGACGAUGACGCUGCAAUGCGGUCAAAGGACACAACAGUGAGGGACCAUGACAAACGGAUCCAUGCCCCCUUCGUCCAUCCCUGUUCUGGCUCACUUUUCUGCCUCUUGGCGUCCACUGAGUUCUCAUCGUUGGCCCCGUUGUCGACCGGCCUCUUGCCACCUGGAGCCCCCGCACCCUCUGCUUCCCUCCUGCCGUCCUCCCUCCCCAUGUCGGCCGCGUCCUCCCUGGCCACGUCAUUGUUGACGGCGUCGGCCGGCCUCGCCGCAGCUGCGGCCUUGAGGCCGAUCUUGUCCCUCUGGCGUAUUCUGUCGUACUUGUCCUUCAGGUCGUAGCGCGUCUCGACCGUGAGCAUGGUGUUGCGCGAGAGGAUGGAGCGCUCCUUGCUGAGGAUGUCCUCGACUGCCACCGUGCCGUCGGGCAAGACGCCGCCGUCCUCGGCGUCAUCCUCGUCGGCGAAGGACGGCCGUAGCGAGGGCGGCACUCCGGGCAGCUCCUUGGGCGCAAUACCGUGUCUGAGCCUCAUGCGGCGCAUGGCGCCCUGACGCAGUGCCGGUAGGGCGGGCAGACGGAGGGUGUUUGGGUCGUGAGGUGGUGCGGCAUGCUGGUCCAUGGGCUGUGGCUGCACGGCCCUGUCGACGGCUUCGAGGUUGCCGCCCUCCUCGGAGCCAUUGAACCAGUCGAGAAUGCGGUCAAGCUGGCGGCACCUGUCCUCUGCAGGGAAGCAUGAGCUGUGGAUCCGCUGGUACUCGACCGAGGAGAGGGAGUCCCUGUCGGCCUUGAGGUAGAUGGCCAGCACACCCAGCUUGAUGAUGCCGUUGUUGCGGUCCAGGAAGCCGCUGGGCACGUCGGCGGGCACCUGCCGGCCUUGUGAGGGGAACUGGACCGUGUGGGUCGACUGGUCAUAUUGGAACGGCUGGUCCCUCUCCCAGCACUCCUUCAGCAGCCACAGCGGGUCCACCCGAUCACAUCCCACAUCCAUCGCACCGACGAACGGACGGAUCUCACUGAUAUCCUCCCCUGCACAGCACUGCACGUCUUGGUGA